UUGGAGUGUGGUCACACCAAGAUAGAAAUUUUAUUGCAAAAAGUCGGUUUAUUUAUAACAAAAAACCCGAAAAUGCUGUAAUUCUGGAAGCCUCAGGCAGAGGAAAAAAAAAGCCUAAGACCGAUGAAAGCCACUGGCUUAGCUCAGCCGAUGAAGAGGCGCUAGGACGAAGGACUCAGCCACUUUUCGGCCGCAAUAGUGACCGACUUUCAGGAGGCGAGUCAGUAGGAGGAAUAAAUUAAGUCUGAUUUUUAGCGAUCUGGAAUAUGGAGACUGACUACCAAAACUACGUGGAGUCCCUGUCGGGAGUGUCCUCCGACGAGGACGACUUCUCCACGGUGGACAGCUCGGACGAGUCCUCCGAGGAGCCGACUCCCACGCCAUCGUCCGGCCCAAGGACACGAAAUCUGGUGCAGAUGCUCUACGACAGGGAGCGCACUGGGUUCUUCUCAGGCUCCCCGCGGGCUGGCCAAAAGCAACAGCUUCCUUACGACAGGGUGCCAAAUAGGUUAAAGCUAUACCUCAAAGAUGUGCUGGCCAGCAGUUUGAUGGAGGGGCACAUAUUCAUGGGACUAACUUCCUGCGGCCAAUACAUGCUUAGUCAUCGCGUGGUGUGCAACGACAGCUCCUCAGUCAAUCACUACUCCUUCAACAUGGGCUAUAAGUAUACACUAUACUUCUGGCUGUUCCAACCCAACAAGAGACUGCGCUACUUUUUCUCGCGUCGCCUCUUCGAUGAUCACAUGGUGGACAACACAAAGACUGUAAGCAUGACGCAGUGGAAGAACGCGCAGCACCAGAUCCUAGUUGUACAUGGGGCUGCCACGGAGGAGGGCGAGGACAGCUAUAUUACAUAUGUUAAAGUUCCUAAAUUGGGUUGUUUGGAGUGCAAGAAACUUAACGACGACGGUCCAUAUUCCUUUUACAAUUCACACUGCCUGAACUGCCACUUAACCGUGCACACAAAAUACUCCUCAACGGAAACGGAUCCGGUAUUCGAGCCGAAGAUCAAUCUUCUUUGCCCGGAGCGCAUUUUGAUCAUCUCGAAUGGGUUUAUGCACAUGCUGCGCAUCGAUAUGGACACGCCGGUCGUGACAUCGGGCAGCAACUUCUUGCCGCAACAAAGCCUCAUCUUGCCCAGCUUGCAAGGGCAGUCGCAAUCGCAGUCCUUCUUGCUUCCGAGAACUAUGAUUCCGAGCGAGGAGGAUCGCUCUUCGGCUGCCGGAUCGGAGGCGGGAUCCGCCAACGAACAGAGCGUGGUUGCCCGCAUCAUAGCAGAUUUUAGCGACAUUGAAAGUGAACACUCACAGCGCUCCAGUCAGCAGAGCAAUAACCAUAACAUAAACAACAACGAAGUGCAAGGCGGGGCCAAUGUUUGCUGUUCACCAAAGGCAUAUGAGAAGCUAAUCUUUACACCGCACUGCAGUCCCACUGUGGUCACGGGUUUGAAUAGUAUGAGUCUACCGGACACCACUCUACCGGUCACAAAACCUCUUGCCAAUGAAGCUAGUCCGCCAAGGAGGCGCAAUCAGCGAAUAGUGACAAAGUUCCGCAAUGGCAUUACUACUAUAGACUUACAGACCCCGCCCAGUUCCAGUUCCAUGACGGAUAAAUCGAAUGCCUAUGAAUUCUCGGAGGACAACGAGAAGUACGAGAAGAUCUCCACGUUUCGCAAGCGACGUUUGGCUGAGAAGAAGUACGAGUUCUCGGAGGACAACUCGGAGAAUAUAAUACCCUUUACCAAGGUGCGAUUGGCGGGUCGUGCCUUCAAUGCCACAACUGCCAGUUCCUCAGCUCCUCGCAGCUUCCAUCGGUUCUCGCCCACGGCGCACUUCUUUCACAACUCGCCCUGCGCCUCGCCUUCCUCUUCGCCACAUCCCUCGCAGCCGGCACAGACGCCCCCUCAUCUGGGAUUCCGUUCACCGCCGUCCAGUUCCAUGCUGAUGCGUUCCCCCAGUCGCAAUGCCAAUUCGGCCCCGCUCUUUAAUCAAAAAUCACCGCCUUUGUCGCAGGCCACACAGCAAAUGCUCAGCUACAAGCCAGUGGGUCCGCUCGGAGCUCUCUCUCCGCUCCAGGUGUCCCUGGCCAAGCGAUUUGAGAUUGGCGGUUCCAUGUCUCCAAACGCUGGAAUGUCGUUUUUGUCGCCACGUCGCGAUGAGCCAAGAAUUGUAGAGAUGCCAGUGCAGGGCGGUGUGAUGCCGGAAAAACCAGUGUGCACCAAAAAGCUAAGACGACGCUAUGUGGAAGAGGAUGAUGCGACCUCCGUGAUUACUAGUGAAGAAGACGACUGCAUAUCGCCUGGCUAUCACACCUCGCUGCCAAUGGAGGUUCACGGUUCCUGUUACUCGGAGAUGCAGAUGAUCUCACAAGCUUCGUAUCAACGGCUGCGCUGCAACAGCGUGGUGAUCACCCAGCACUCUUUCGAUCUGGAGACUUUCACGUAUUAUGUGAUCAGUAUGCUGUGCCAGAAGAACCAGAAGAUCUACAACGUGUUCUACGACUGGGCCUACGAGGUAAUCAGCGUGUGUCCACUCAGUCAGACGAUCGGCUGCAUGCUGAUGGCCCAGUUUUCUGCGCGGGAUCAGGCAAUGGCUAUUUGCCUGCAUUGCACUGGACGGAUGGACUGUGCGUUCCACAAAAGGCAGUACGAGUGCCGCAUCCUGUUCACAUGGAACAUGGAGACAGGGCAGUGGCAGGUGCUCGACUAUGGCGAACUAAGGGAGGUGCACGAGCAGUUUAGUCCAUUAAAACGGCUGGGAAAAGCGCGACUGACGUUCGCCCAGAUGGCUAAGAAGAUGGGACAGGAAAUGGCCGCAGGUCUGGGACUCAACCUGCCCGAUUACACCUCCAAUCUCCGCGUGCUCACCUCGGACAUUCGAAAGUCCAAGAUGUACAUCAGCGAUCUCGACAACAUGGUGGAGUUCCACUUGAAGCGCACAAAUCAUGAGACGCUAUGAGCACAUUGUUAACUGGAAUUAUUUCUUUGCUCUGCUUAAUACAUCUUUCACGUUAGCGGAUACAAUUAAUUUGACCAGCGUUAUUAGUUCAUAAAACUCGCUAAGGUUGCGUUCAUCUAGUUCAGUUCUAAACACAAACAACGUGUGCUGUAUUUAGUCUUAGUUAACUUUACCUUCAUUAGUGCAACGAAACGCUUUUUCAAAAGGUUGAAACGCGUCCUAAUUUCGACUGAAGUCAUUUAAGUAAACUACAAUCUAGUUUUAAGACCCAUUGCUCAUACUUACACAGAAUACUACAUACAUAUACUUUUGAUAUUCGAGACUUCGAUUCAACUAUUAACUAUAAUAUUAGUUAGCAAAACCUUUCAAUCUUCGGUACUAUUAAUUUAAGUAUCGAUUUAGUUAGUGGCAACCCCCGAUUAAAAGGGCGUGUCGAAAAUAUACAAUUGUAAUCCAUCUAAGAAAUUAUAUUUCAAGAUAAAAUUAAACCUUAGAAAUAUAUUUCAAGAUAAUCAUCAA